AUGAAGGUGGGAAGGAGUGAGGAGGGGAGGGAAAUGGAGGAGGAGGAGGAGGAGGAGGAGGAGGAGGAGGAGGAGGAGGAGGAGGAGGAGGAGGAGGAGGAGGAGGAGGAGGAGGAGGAGGUGGAGGAGGAGGAGGAGGAGGAGGAGGAGGAGGAGGAGGAGGAGGAGGAGGAGGAGGAGGAGGAGGAGGAGGAGGAGGAGGAGGAGGAGGAGGAGGAGGAGGAGGGCAGGCCGAGCGGGGGAGCAUCUGAAGGCGUGGAGGACCCUUGA